UCGCAAGGAGGGCUUUAAUCGUCAACCCCGUUUGCCUGUUGUUGGAACCUGCUGUCUGGGUGAGGACGCAUUCCUGAGCAGUAUGUGUGGCCGGAGCGCACUGCUGCAGCUGGGAGCAUGAGUGUUGGCCCCCAGCUACAGUUGGCAGUCCUCUGGCCUUGGCUGCUUAUGGCUAUGCUGCAGAUACAGCUGGGCUACUCUGGACUGGUGCUGGCGGCCGCCGUGGAAGCUGACCGAUCGCUGGCCCAGAAGGCAAUCAUUCGGGUGAUCCCUUUCAAGCUGGAGCCCCUCAUGCUGGAAGGAGUCUUCGCGAGCGUUGCGGACGUGACCCCAGCAGAAGGGAAGCUUCUGCAGUUCCACCCCCUGUCUCUGUGCAACACCAGUGAAGACGAACACACCGUCCCAGGGUUUGUCUCCAUCGUCAAACUGGAGCGUCCCGACCGGGAUCUCCACCCUUGUCUGUCACUGGCCAAUAAGGCUAAACUGGCAGGGGAGAGAGGGGCGCGGGCUGUCCUCUUCGACAUCACAGAUGACCAGGGUGCCGCUGACCAGCUGAGGAAGCCCCGAGGGCUCAGUCACCCCGUGGUUCUCAUCUGGGGCCAUGAUGCAGAGCUUCUGAUGGGGGUGGUCAACAAUAACCGAGAAGCCCAUGUGAAGAUUGAGGUGAAGGAGAUGCCGGCUUGGCCGGACUAUGAUGUCUGGAUACUCCUCACCGUGGUCAGCACUGUCCUGGUCAUUGUUUUGAUCUUCAUCGUGCGCUCUCGGUGUCAGCCAAGGAGGAUUCAGACAAAUGUUCAGGAAGAGACCCUGCGAGCAAUCAACCAGUUGGCCACCCGGAGGUACCAGGCCCGCUGUCGGCAAGCCCCAACUGGGGACUCUGCCAGCACUUGCAGCUCUGCUCCGGUCUGCGCCAUCUGCCUGGAGGAGUUCAGUGAGGGGCAGGAGCUGCGGAUCAUCACCUGCUUGCAUGAGUUCCAUCGGUGGUGUGUCGACCCUUGGCUCCAGCAGCACCAAACAUGUCCUCUGUGCAUGUUCAACAUCAUUGAUCAAGACCCUUCCACUUUACCCCUGCGUCCUCAGGGGGAUGUUCAUCGGUCAGGGUCUGGCCGAAGGCCCCGUUUCUUCCGGCAACACCCAGGGCAUGCCUUGUACCACUUCCCACGGACUCUCCCCCCAAUCCCCCCCAGGAACUGUCAAGGUCACCCUUUCUUCCACUCUCCACAGCUCUCCCAGUCAGGUUUUGGGACGAUGCAUUACUUGCGCUAUGGGCCAGCAGGCGCUGAGCCUUGGUGUGCUCACCAGCCACCUCUUACCCGAGGACUGUUGGCUUCCCAGCCUCCGGAGUCUCUGCCCUGUGAGCAGCCCCUUCCCCCUCACAGGCCCUGCCUGCUUCAACGCCAACACCCCUGCCGAGGAGGACUGAGGGCUCCCCUGUCUGUUCCUCCCCAGAGAGGAAUCCGCCAUGGGAGGCAUCAUCACCACAGCAGUGGCUCUGGGGAGAGUUACCUCACGGAGCACAGCGGGUACCUCCCCGAUGGCCCCGGGAGCGACACCAGUUCGGGUCCUUGCCACGGCUCCUCCAGCGACUCCAUGUUGAAUUGCACUGACGUCAGCCUUCAGGCCAUCCACGGAAGCUGCUCCACUUUCCACAGUUCCCUGAGCAGUGAUUACGACCCUUUUGCCUUCUGCGAUUCGGAGAAGCUGGCCGCGGAAAACAGGCAAGAGCCGUCUCCGUCUUGGAGGGACCCACGGCCCAGGCUCCAGUCGGUGGACAUGGCGGGGGAGGGCAGGGCACAGCUGGCCAGUAACCACGUCCACUACCACCACCACCAUCACAGACACCACCAUUAUGGACGGAGCCCCCCAGACUGUCUGAGUGGCAGGCUGGCCCAAGAACCCAUUCAACGCAAGUCCAAAUACCCCAGGGCGAAAGUUGGGUUACUUAGUGCCCAGGCUCACAAAAGGACUGAGAGGGUACAGCUACCAGAAAGUGCCUCUGGCACUGCCUCCCAGGAGGCAACGCUGCUUGGACAGUCUUCUUGUUUGCCUCAAGGACACACGCCCUCUGUGCCUGACAGACUGGACUUCAGCACGGCAACCGGCAGGCAAGCGGAAGCCGUUGAGCCACAGACUUCCCAGCAGCCCUACUUACAACUUCAUCCUGGCAGGAGGAAAUGGAAGCACCCGCUUAUCUCUUCCCAGUCCCCUUUGCCAGAGAAUUCUGGUGUGCCCUCAGACUGCAACUCUCCCAUUCAUGGCCACAGCUCUGCCAACUGCUGCCCCACAGAGAUUCAGCCUCUCGUCCCGAGCAGUUCCUCGGUGCACUGUUUUCCAGGUUGUCAGCAGAUUUCAAAGCGCUUCGCUCCAAAUUCCGGCAUCAAGCCUUGGGAGCAGGGGAACAGGACGAGGGAACAGGACUGCGAAUCUACACUUCCGGUGGAAGGUUCGGGGGUGGACACCAUGGGGAACAAUGCCAGUUUUUACCUCAGCUGCCAAAUCCCGCAACACCAUCAAGGAUCUAAAGAAGAUAUCCCAGAUAUAUACGAACAUUCGGUUUAACGGGAGGCAAACGGAUCUGCUCUUUGGGACCAAGAGAGAGACUCGUGCCAUUUGGAAAUCCCAUGAGAAAGGACUUUCUUGCAAGUUAACCA